GCAAGAACUUGUAAACAAAAACAGAACCGAGGCCUUGUUCCUAAUUUGUAAUCGAUAGUGAAAGACAUCCAAUUAUUUAUUGAACUGCAAAGUCAUAUUUUUCAGAGUCGAGUCAGCACCACUGUUCAGGAUGUUGAGUUUUUUCGGACUACGGAAAGACCAAUCCAAAAAGCCUUCAGGAGAGAGAGAGCUGGAUGGAUUCGUAAUCAUCGGAGAGACGGUAGAGGAGCAAAGGCAGAAGAUGCAGGGCAUGAACAUCGCUUCACACUCUACCAACGUCGUCAUACAGCCGGCCAAGCCCCCCCGAGGCCGUCCGGCGCCGCCGCCCGUGGCUGAGGACCUGCAGGCGUCCGUGGCUGUGCCUGCGCAGGCGUUCUCCCCGAGCCCCGUGCCCGGUGGCGGCGGCGAUGGCGGCGGCGAUGGCGAGGGUGGCGGUGGUGGUGAUGAUGCGUCGGCGGUGCCCUCGCUGCCCGAGCUGCUGGCGGACGUGCCCUUCACGCUGGCGCCGCACAUCUUGGCGGGGCAGACGGGGCGCCCGCUGCUGCUGCUGCCCGACGUCGUCCUGCACGGAGACGCCAACCACGACCUGGACAGCUUCCGCUACGACUUCACGCUCGAGAACUCCGUCCUCAACCAGCCCUGAGGCAUGCUGGGAGAAAGCCCAUAGUCAGCCGGACCUGACUGCACCCCCACACACACACACACACACCUCCUCAACACACACACACACACACACACACCUCCUCAUCACACACACACACACACACACACACACACACACACACACACACGCACACACACACACACACACACCUCCUCAACACACACACACACACACCUCCUCAACACACACACACACACACACACACACACACACACAUAUACCCUCUAAGCUGUCACCAGUAUGUAGCCCAGUGACCUGCUGGCCCCUCUAAAAUACCUGUGUUUAAAACACCUGCCUAUUUGCCUGUGGUUGAUUUAGCUGCGUUUUCUUAACCUGUGUUACUGUAGAUACUCCCGAUUGGUUAAUCUGUGUUUUCUUAACCUGUGUUCGAUGCUCCUGAUUGGUUAAUCUGCUCAGGAAAAAAAGGUUCCCCGGUUCCCCUCCUCCUCCUUGGUGGCUGGCCAUAGCUAUGGUAACAGAGGCCUGGCCACGUAAACAGUGUGGUUCUUAGUACUUUAUUGCAGAGGGAGGAACCUCCAGAACUCCAGUGGUUCUUUAGUUCUCUCAGGAACAUGCGGCGUGUCAUAAGAGGGCGUCAGGAGUGGGUGGAGCUUCAACACUACUCCAGUGAUGUCAUCAGGGAGUGGGUGGAGCUUCAACACUACUCCAGUGAUGUCAUCAGGGAGUGGGUGGAGCUUCAACACUACUCCAGUAAUAGACCUCUGAAGUUCGCCUACAAAAAGGAUCCAAAGCUGCCAUCUUUGCCCAUAUAAGGAGAUCCGGGAGUUAAUUGAAGCCAACUGCCUAUGGCAAGUUACAUGGUAAGUUAGCUCUGGGGUAGCAAAGAUCAAAGUGUGCCGUCUUCACCUACCGAAGAUCACAGUAUCCACUAGACGGCAGUGGACAAAACUGUGUAGUGAAAAACGUCUGCAUUUCCAAUGUGAUCAUCCCCACGAGAGUUUAACAGGUGCGAUAAUUGAAAAUCCCCAUGUUAUUUUCCCAUAGAAAAAAUCUCAAGAUACCGGAUCUCCUUAUUUGGGCAAAGAUGGUGGCUUUUUUGUAGGCGAACUUCAGACGUCUAUGUCAUCAGGAGUGGGUGGAGCUUCAACACUACUCCAGUGACGUCAUCAGCGUUGUCAUCAGGGGUGGGCGGAGCUACAACACUACUCCAGCGGCAUCAGGGAGCCUCUGGUGAGAGGGGAGCCUGACGUUGGUGAUGCGGUUUACAGCUAAAGGCUUUUUCUAACGGGGGCGGGGCCACCAUUUCCUAUCCGAGUGCAUCGUAGUUAACCAAGUAACUCCUGUACACUUCCAACAGCAAUAAACUGUUUCUUUUCUUUGACCUCCGAACUGUACUGCGCAGUGGACAGCAUGGCCCCUGUAAUGUUAUCAUGCAAAUGUUUCCUUUUCAUAAAAUGUGACAUAUUUCCUUUAUUACCUCCGCCAAGGAGGUUAUGUUUCUAUCGGGGGUUCGUUUGUUUGUUUGUCUGUUUGUCAGCAAGAUAACUCAAAAGGUUAUGGAUGGAUUUCGAUUAAAUUUUCAGGAAAGGUCUGAAAUGACCCAAGGAAGAAACUAUUACAAUUUAGGAGUGAUCCGUAUCACCGUCUGGAUCCAGGAGGCGGUUCUGUUUGCCUGGUGAAGGUCUGCGCUCUCAGAGUGCUUUUCUAGUUUUUUGCAGCGGCCUAAGGUAGGGGCCUAUGGUAGUGGCCUAUGGUAGUGGCCAUGGUUUGCUAGGCUAGUAAAGCUACUGGGUUUAUACUAGACUGGUACAAUAUGUAGCCCAUGGGUACCACUCAAAGCGAUGGCCAAGUGGGAGGAAUGGUUGUUAUUAUUUGUGUCAUUGUUGUUAUUUGUGGCUGUAGGUGCAGUUUGAAACCCUACUGUUGCAUGUUUUGUUUGUUGUUGCGUUGUUUAUUUGUUCUUUAUGUGUAUUUUUACGUCUGGUUUUGUAGGCUCGGCUAUGUUAAUGCAGGCUGGUGUGCAUGUUGAAUUUCAGCAGUCUUGAUUGUGCUACUUUGUGACUGUGAUGCUAUGUUGUUAUAACCUAAGCCAAUGCAAGGAUACUCGCCAGUCUGAUAUAACCCGUGUUUACGCUGACUUUAUAAACAUGACAACACUCUGUGUUGUUGGUGAUUAGUUUAUUUUAGAGCUUCUGUUUUUUUUUUCUUUAGUAUUUGGCACCAAUGCAUUUUGUUCCCCAAGUUUUAGAAAGUGUUGAAGAACAAAGCAUGCUUUUUAGUGUACUUGUAGUGUACUUUGUCUGUAUGUUACAGCUGAUGUGGUCCUAUUGUCAUGAAAUAUCAUCCUCCACUAUUCAGCGUUGAACAAGAGGAUACAGUGUGUGAAUGGUUCUCUCCAUUUCCUGUCCCAUACAGUUGCUGUCCCAUAUGAUCCAUUUGCUAUCCUAUAUGAUCCAUUUGCUAUCCCAUAUGAUCCAUUUGCUAUCCCAUAUGAUCCAUUUCCUAUCCCAUAUGAUCCAUUUGCUAUCCCAUAUGAUCCAUUUCCUAUCUCAUAUGAUCCAUUUGCUAUCCCAUAUGAUCCAUUUGCUGUUCCAUAAUCAACUUGCUGUCCCAUAUGAUCACAAUAUGCCUUAUGAACUCAUCAACCCAAGUGCACUUUAUGAACAAAGAUAUUUUUGAACCCGGCUGUGCUAUUUAUUGUACAGUACACACGUGUAAUGAUAAAGACAGUUUCCCAGUUGUGUAUUCGCUGUUUCACUGACUUCUUUUACGGAACCUAUUUUAUCUGCCCUUAAAGUGAAUCCAAAGUCACCAAUGUUGUACUUUGAUAAAUUAAUAGUAUUUUAUUAAACCAUUUUAAAA